UUCCAUUGUGUCGACCCUCCUGGCUCUGAUGGAUGGAUUAGAUGGUAGAGGAGAGGUUGUUGUGAUAGGAGCCACAAACAGACUGGAUUCCAUCGACCCAGCUCUGAGAAGACCAGGACGCUUUGACAGAGAGUUUCUCUUUGGCCUGCCUGACAGAGAGGCUAGAAAGGACAUUCUGAAGAUCCACACCAGACAGUGGACUCCUCGACCCUCUGACACUUUUCUGGAGGAAUUGGCAGAUAAAUGUGUUGGUUAUUGUGGAGCAGACAUCAAGGCAGUGUGUUCAGAAGCUGCCCUGUGUGCACUGCGGCGUCGCUACCCACAAAUCUACUCCUCAUCACAGAAACUUGUACUUGAUGUCAACUCCAUUGCCAUCACAAACAAAGACUUUAUGUCCGCCAUGUCCAAAAUGGUGCCAGCUGCGCAGAGGGCGGUAGUGUCACCAGCCAAGGCCUUGAUUCCUGCCAUCCGUCCUCUGCUGAGUUCCGCCCUGCAGAACAUCCUCCACACAGUCAGCAGAGUGUUCCCGCAUGCUGAGCAGGGCUUAAAGAGGAAGAGAGAACAUGAUGUGGCCUGUGGUGUGUCUGAGGAUGACCUGAUGUUCAGUGAGGAUGAGGACUUGGAGAUCUGCUCCAACGUACAGACCCCUCACUCUAAACUCAAAACACCUGCUGCUAAUGGACUCCUCAACCUCAACAGGAGUGUGCUAAGCCAGCCGACAUCCUACCGUCCCAGACUGCUGUUGGAGGGAAGACCAGGCUCCGGUCAGAGCUCCCACCUGGCCCCUGCUGUCCUCCAUGCUCUGGAGAAAUUCACCGUGUACACCCUGGACAUGGCCGUGCUGUUUGGAGCCAGUGCAACUGCACCAGAAGAGACUUGUGCUCAG